AAAUUAAUAACUUGAUUCAAUGAUUCGGAUAUCCAGAUCUUAGAAAGAGUUCGGAGGGCAUCCGCAUCGUUCCUCCCCCAGCCUUACAGCUUGCAGGAUCUCCAGCACCUCCACGCAUCGAUCCGGAUCCAGCUGAAAGAUGGAUGCGAACAGACGCCAGAGUGGAAUUCAGCAGUUGUUGGCUGCAGAGCAAGAGGCUCAGCAGAUUGUAAAUGCAGCUAGGGCAGCUAAGUCGGCAAGGCUUAGGCAAGCCAAGGAGGAAGCUGAGAGGGAAAUAGCUGAAUACCGUUCCCAAAUGGAGGCUGAAUUCCAAAGAAAGGUUGCAGAGAGCAGUGGUGACUCCGGUGCAAAUGUUAAACGUCUUGAGCAAGAGACAGCGGCAAAAAUUGAACAACUCAAUCAACAGGCUGCAAGUAUCUCCCCUGAAGUCAUUCAGAUGCUGCUGAGGCAUGUGACCACUGUGAAGAACUAAACGUUGAUGCGCAGCAAAUAUGACUGCAACCUUGUAUUUUCUAUUUAAUUCUUUAUAUCAGAGAGGGGUAAUAAAGGAUUUGUCACUUAUAGCUGUAAUCCAUGUUCUUGUUCACAGAAUAAGCUGCUGCAAUUUAGCAGCAAACCUGUCUGUUACUAUCAAAACUUGGAAUCAUUUGGUAAUUAUUGCUUUC